AUGCUGGACAGGCCGGACGAGGCGCACAAUGAUAAUACAAAAAGUCUUCUCGACGACUACAUGUUUCCGACGCCAAUCGAAACCAAUUCAAUGUACAGCUUCACGCAGCUGUUGGACUUUAAUAGCCUAGCCACCGGCAGCACCAUGGUGCCUGGGUACUUCCCGACACCAGACCCCACAUCCUAUCUGGACUCCCUCUUCGGUGCCAACCUCAAUAGCGAUGACACUGAGAUGGGGACGUAUCAGGCGCUGAAUGGCGAGAGCGAAUGCACUUGCCACGCAGGCGUCACGGAGCUGCUGGCAUCGAUGCGUGGCGCCGGUAAGGACCAGCGGCUAUCGCUCGACGCACAACUCGCCAGGCUAAAGCAGUGCAUUGUAUCAUCCGAGAUGUCGAUGGGAUGCACGCACCCCCGCGACGACUCCGAGCCAAUUCACAUCAUGGCUGUUGCUAUGCUAAUAGGCUACGCUAUUGACGACUUCAAAAUGCUCGCCAGCGAUUCCUCGCUGCGCAGGUCAUCGUCGUCACAGUCGGCAGCCGAGAUGGUGACAUUGGGAAACACCGAGGGGGAGAGCAAGUGUGGAAUCGCCACUCCAAGUAACAGCAACAUAUCCCUGAGAGAUCUUAUGGAGCCCCGGCUAUCGUUGGGCGUACUCGAAUUGGAAGAAGAUGACGAGAUGGACCUCCGACAGAGGCUGUAUCAGCUGUCAUUUCGCAAGCUGGAGAGACUGCUGUCACAGCUUACAGUGUAUCUUCGGGACCUGCACACUGAGCUUUCCAGCCUCCCAGAUCCAUCGCGGCAUAUGGCGUUUGUGAUUGCGUGCGAUUAUACGCGGUUGUGGCUUGAACGGAAGGCCGGCGAUGUCAAGAGGAUGUUUUCGGUGCCUAACAGAGAUGAGACCAUGGAUUCAGUGCUUGCAUAG